UACGCCGGAUAGGUCCGGAUCGGACAGGAUCGGAUAGGAUCGGACAGGAUAAUUAGUACAGUACUAUGUUUGGCAUAGUUCCAGACUGAAUGAUGGACUAAUUGUACCAUGUUUGGUGCCAAAUCGGACUAGAUAGGACUAUUUUGUAAUUAUAUUUUUAAUUUAAAAAAAUAAAAAUUUUAAAAGUUAAAUUUAUAUUAAAAAAAAAAUUAUUACAUCUAAUUAAAGUUGUACAUUUAUAUAUUUAUAUAUUUAUAUAUACAUGCAAAAUAUACAAAAUUUGUUGUAUACAUCCACAAAUUUGUAUACAUCCACAAAUUUGUUAUUUUUAAUUUGCUUAAUUUAUUUUCUCUGUUUGUUAUUUUUUUUAUUAAGGUUACAUUGAUUGAACAUGAAUGAAAACAUAAGAUUAUAUAUAUAUAUACAGUAUACAAUAAUUAAUAAAAAUGGAAUUCAUCUUUAUCUUCAAUGAAUAACUAACUAGAUUUUAUAAUUCUUGAAUGGUUUAAAAAUUACAGGUAGGAAUGGCUAGUGCACUGGAAACUCUGUGUGGGCAAGCUUAUGGAGCAGAGGAAUAUAAGAAACUUGGACUUCAAACUUACACUGCUAUUUUUUCUCUGUUUUUGGUCUGUUUUCCUGUAACUUUGUUCUGCUUUCUGGCCUUUUACCAAAUCCACAGCUUGAAACCUCCGUUCUUUCUGUAUGUUAAGCUUAAUGGAUGAUGUUAAAAAUUAAUCCAGAUUUCAUAACCUCUUCAACUUGAUCUCUAUACAAAUAACUAGAUGCAAAUGUGAUAGUUCUUAGUUGUCUUUGAACAGUCUCAAUACCAUUUCGACUCUCUAUACAAUUCCAUUUGGGCUUGGUGCUGCAGCAAGGUAUGCAUAUGCUCAAACACAGAUAUAUAUAUAUAUAUAUAUAUAUAUAUAUAUGUAUAAUGCGUUUAUCCUGUUAAAAAAAGAAAAAAAGAAAGUAAUUUUAGCCAAUUUGUGUGUUUUUGUUUGUGGUUUUUUAUAGCACAAGAGUUUCAAAUGAAUUAGGAGCUGGAAACCCACAAGCUGCUCGAAUUGCUACAUGUGCAGUGAUGUUUCUUGCAGUGGCAGAAACAAGUAUAGUUAGCACAACCCUCUUCUUCACCCGCAGAAUUUUCGGCUACACUUUUAGCAACGAAAAGGAAGUCGUGGAUUACGUGACCAAAAUGGCUCCUCUGGUUUGUCUCAAUGCUAUUUUCGACAGCUUACAAGGGGUCCUUUCAGGGGUGGCUAGAGGAUGUGGUUGGCAGCAUAUAGGGGCUUAUAUCAAUCUCAGCGCGUUUUAUCUUUGUGGGAUACCAGUUGCUGCCAUUUUGGGUUUCUGGUUUCAGCUUAGAGGAGAGGGUCUCUGGAUUGGAAUUCAACUUGGUUCUUUUAUGCAAACUGUUCUGCUUUCUCUUGUAACUAUUAGUACAGACUGGGAGAAACAGGUAUACAUAUAUAUUCCAUAUCUAUUAGUACAGACUGGGAGAAACAAUGAGAAGAGAAAGAAGAAGGCAAACUCACAGAUUCAAGAAGAAGAACACAGAGCUUGAUCUGGGCAGAGGCACGCGAGAGACACCACCAACGCCUUCGAUGAGCUCCGGACAGAAAUUUGACCCAGGGGGAAGGACGGGUUAGCUUAAUCCCCCUCUCGGGGGAUUAUUUCACUGUAGCGGCUAACUUAUCUGCUCCU